CUCUGGCGCCCACCGAGCGUUUCGAGGUGCGGUGGGGCUCCGAAGGGUGAGAAGGUCGCUGAGUGUCGCGACUGGGGCAAGGGGCGAGUGCGGGGGCGGACAGAAGCCGCGCGGGCGUGGGAGGGCGACCGUCCGCCCGCCGAAGGGCCGCCGAGGGCUCCCGCCGAGGACUCCGGCCGCAGCGCCCGCGCCGCACCGCACCGCGCGGCCCCUCCGCGAGCGCCCGCACCUGAACGCGAGGCUCUCCAGCGCGCGUGCGCGCCAAGGGUCUUCCCGCCCCCGAUCGCGAGACCCUAACGGCCGGCGGCUCGACGCUUCGCCUGCGCUGCCGGGUGGAGCCCGACAUGGCGCAGCUCCGUGGGCCGGGGCGGUGCGGGGCGCUCGUCGCCCUGCUGGCCUCGCUGCUGCUCUUCCGGGCUGAGGCGGCCGACGGAGAACGUGGCGUCCACGACUUUUGUCACGUUUCGAAGGUUGUGGGAAGAUGCCGGGCCUCCUUCCCUAGGUGGUGGUACAAUGUCACUGAUGGAUCCUGCCAGCAGUUUGUGUAUGGUGGCUGUGAAGGGAAUAAAAAUAAUUACAUGACCAAGGAGGAGUGUCUUAAGAAAUGUGCUGGUGUCACAGAGAACACUGUUGAUGAUCUGGCCACCAGCAGAAAUGGAGCAGAGUCCUCUGUCCCCAGUGUUUCCAGAAGGCAGGAUUCUGAUGACCUUUCCAGUGAUAUUUUCGACUACGAAGAGUACUGCACUGCCAAAGCAGUCACUGGGCCUUGCCGUGCAUCCUUCCCACGCUGGUACUUCGAUGUGGAGAAGAACUCUUGUGACAGCUUCAUCUAUGGAGGGUGCCGGGGCAAUAAAAACAGCUAUCUCUCCAAGGAGGAGUGCAUGCACCGCUGCUUUGGCAAGCAGUUGUACUCUGUUCUACCCCAUGGCACUAAAGGUUCUGAGGCCCUUCUCUCCUCUCCAGUGGUGGUCCUGGUGGGGCUGUUCUUGAUGGUCCUCAUCGUCUUGCUGGGGGCCUCCGUGGUCUGCCUAAUCAGGGUGGCGCGGAGGAGCCAGGAGCGCACCCUCCGCACCGUCUGGAGCUCUGGGGACGACAAGGAGCAGCUGGUGAAGAACACCUACGUCCUGUGAAGGCCCUGCCAGCCAGAUGUCACCCUUCCUCAGGACUCCCUGUUGACGAAGAGAACCUGGGAAGGGAGGGGACACAAGUGUCGAAUGUGUGUGUGCUUUUUAAAAUAGAGUGAUUGGAUUGUAUUUGUGCGAUCAUUAGGGCUCCGGGUCUGUUUGUUACUCCAGAAGGUAAGAGGGCUGCUUCCUGCUCUCCCAGCUGGGUCUGCUUUGGGACCCUCUUGGAGGAGGGCUCUGCCCCAGACCAGAGUCAGCUACUCUUCGGUUUAGUUCUUCACUCCAGGUAUUGGUUUUCUUUGCUUACAUUGAAUCCUGUAGCAUCCAUUCCCAUUACAAAAGUAAUGUAAUAGUUUCCUUUGAUUUGUGGUUUUGUUGUUUGUUUGUUUUUUAAAUAAGUGGAAACAAAAGUUUUUUUUAUUAGGAUUCUGAAAGGAAGAGAAAAAAUGUACAAGUUUAAUAAAAAGAGCCUUCCCUUUAAAAUAAAUUUCAGCAAGUGCUUGCUUUC